GGGGAAAAAAGAGAAAAAGGAAAAGAGAGGAGAGGUAAGGAGAAAAAGGAAGGGGAAAAGGAGAAAAAAAAAGGAAGAGAGGGGGAAGAAAGGGGAGAAAGAAAUGUGAAAGGGAAGAAAGGUGAGAAAGGUGAGAGGGAGAAGAAAGAGUGU